CAAUACCACACCCACACAAGAACAAGCAAGUCUGCUCUAAUCGUGGAAGUGAGGAACAUCAUAUUCUUUCACUUUGUUCUCACAGCACCCACAUCUGACACAGCUAUGGCAUCUGACACAGCUAUGGGUCUGACAGCAUUCACCUUGCUAGUGCUCUCUCUGCUCCACCAGUGUGUCCCUCACCCACUCAGCCCUCCGAAUAAUGGACUUCGUAAGUGCCGCACCAACUUGUCCAUUCCAGCACUGGAGGUGCUCCCAGGCGGGGGAUGGGACAACCUGAGGAACAUGGACAUGGGACGAGUCAUGAACUUCAGCUUCUCCCAGUGCCAGACCACGGAGGACGGAUUCUACCUCAUCCCGGAUGAGGUUUUUGUCAUCCCACAGAAGCUCACUGGUGUGGAGACCAAUUCUGAGCUCAUCAACACUUGGCUGGAACAGCGCAGCUCCACGUCUUUCUCCAUCAACUCGGACGUGUCCUUCCUCUCCGUGCUCAAUGCUAAGUUCUCCACUGAGAACCAGCGGGUGAAGACUCACCAGGUCCAAGGGAGCUCUGUCACCGCUCGUGUUCAAGUGAGUUGCUCCAUAAAGAAACAAUCAUUUUUGAACAGUUAUUUAUCUAUUUAAUGUCAUGUACAUUUAUCUCGGCAAUGAUAAAAUAAUGUAUGUUUUUACGUAGUUUGUAAUAAGUAAACAAGAGAGAGAAGAAUGACUGCAGAAUAUCCAUGUCAUGUUUAUACAGUAAUCCUGUUUCUUUAAGGCUUUCUGAACAGUCAAUACUAGAUAGUGUACCUUAUCUCAGUGUAGUUUGCUCUCUAGAUUAGCAACUAAUGACGACACCAAGCCUCAAGGUUAUUUCCUGGUUAAAGGUGAAAUAAAAAAAAUACUGAUUCCUCCCUCCCAGGUACGGAACUUCCUGUACACUGUAAAGGCUCACCCUGACUUCACUCUGGAUGGCCGCUUUGCCCACCAGGCUGAGGAGAUCGCAGACGCAAUCGAAAACAACCAGACUCGACAGGCAGCGUAUUUAUCUGAGAAGAUGGUGUUUGACUACGGAACCCAUGUGAUAACCAGUGUUGAUGCAGGAGCCGCCUUAGUGCAAGAGGACUAUCUCCGUUCAUCUUACGUGUCCGACAGUGAGACGGCAAAGUUCUCAGUUUCGGCAUCGGCAGGUCUUAACUUCUUUGAUAAAGUCAAAUUUGACAUUGGCAGCAAGGACACACAAGAGACCUCAGAGUCACAUAGUUAUCAGGGCAACAUCACCUACUCCAUAAUACAGAGCCAUGGUGGGGCUCCCUUCUACCCGGGCAUCACUCUGCAGAAGUGGCAGGAGAGCACCAAGAACAACCUGGUGGGCAUCGACCGGGCAGGACUGCCUCUACACUACUUCCUCAACCGGAUGACCUUCCCCGAUCUCCCUGAACCAACCAUCGGCAAACUGGCACUGUCUGUUAGUCAGGCUAUCCAGCGUUACUAUACCAUCAACACACACCCCGGCUGCGUCAAUCCAGACUCCAAGAACUUCAACUUCCAAGCCAAUAUGGACGACAGCUCCUGCGAGGGUCCGGCCACCAACCUCAGCUUCGGUGGGGUGUUUCAGCAGUGCACCAAGCUCACCGAGGAUGCAGACCCAAUCUGCCAGGCCCUGGCUCAGAAGAACCCAGACACAGGCUCUUACUCAUGUGGUCAGCCCUACAACGCCACCAAGUUACGCUCUGAGGUGAGAGAUGAGAGCUACAGCACGUACGAGUGCCACAAGCAUUGCCAUGGCUGCUGGCUGUUUUUCACCUGCUGCGACAACAUCUGUGGAGAUGCCUACUAUGUUCGCUCCGCUCGCAUCGACACCUACUGGUGCUCCACCAAUGAGGCAACCCCAGAGUACUCAGGAUACCUCUUUGGGGGACUCUAUGGCCCAUCCCUGCUGAACCCUCUGACCAAAACUAAGAGCUGCCCUCCAAACUUCAACAUUCAAAUGAAGCUUCUGUCCAACGGCCUCAUGAUCUGCCUGAGCAAUGACUAUGAGACGUCCACCAGGUUUUCGGUCCCCUUUGGGGGCCUGUUCAGUUGCCAGUCUAACAACCCCCUUGCACAGGAUCAACCCCGUUGCCCUCCCCAGUUCAGCCAGCACCUGGCUACUGUUAGUGAUGGCUGCCAGGUCCUCUACUGUGUCCAGUCUGGCUUGUUCACAGGUGGCCAGCUGCUGCCUGUCCGCUUGCCACCUUUCACUCGUCCUCCACUGAUCAGCAUGACUGCCACUAACACGGUGGCCGUGAUGACCGAUGGGGAUCGGGCAUGGGUCAGGGUGGGACAGACCAAGAUGUGGAAGCUGGCCAAGAUGACAGAGAUCCAGAGUAUGGUGCAGAUGUUCGAUCCAACCUCGGGACAGAUGACAGGGGGGCAGAAGUCUGGUGUGGCCUUUGGAGUAAUUUGCCUGGUUGCCUUGGUGGUGCUUGGGGCUGUGCUGCUGGUGAGAAGAAGGAGGGUCUCAAGGUUUGGUGGGGCGGGGGGGUAUGAGGAGAUCCACAGCGAGGGGCAGAGUGAGGGAGGUGUGGAGAGUCAAGAAGAGCAAGGCUCCGAGACAAUGACCCAGGCCCUGUUGCCAUGAGACCACAUUCCACACAGCUGACAUAUUAACAAGAAAACAGCUUUGAGAUAACUGUACUUUUUAAUCAACCUCUCAUGCUUGCUUUACACUUUCCCUUUACGAUCAAUAAUCUCAAAUACUGGCUAGGUAUAGGGUGAAGGUGUGAUUAAAAGAAACCAACUAAAUAAUCAACUAUUAUUAAUAAGGGGAAAAUGCACACAUUUACACCAACGUGUUGGCAGCUUCCUGCCUUCACCAGGGUUUACAAUACAAUACAAUACAAUAAUGUUAAUGAAUGUAUGGCGAAAAGGGUGACAAAAAUCUAUUGACCUAUUACUUAUGUUUUUAGUUGAAUUUGUUAGUCUUUUUAUACUGUGGUUAUGCUUUCCGUUGACAAUGUUUUAUAGAAAUCUACUAUGAUUCAAUAGCAUUAUUGUUUUCUGUUAUAACAUUUUAAUUAGCUUUUGUAUGUUUUGGACAUGAAAAUAAAACAACUAACACAAUAUGAA